GCCGUUGCCAUGGUGACGACCCCGCCUCCGCCAGGCGUUGCCCGCCGCGGUUGCCAUGGAGACGCGGCCCGCAGCUGCGGGCGGGAGGACGUGCGGGUCGGCGGGAAUGCAGGCAAUGCUGCAUCAGCUCUGCUGGAAUGUUACACUCACAUUACUCCUGGAGCACAGAAAGGAGAAGCGAGCGUGCAUUCCUUAUGCUUUGAGCACAGCGAUGAGGACUGGGGCCUCUUGGACAGAUUUAUUCCAGUGUUACUGAAAGAAUGGGAAGAGCUCCUUCAGUGGAAAGAGAAAGAAAGGAAAGAGCAACAAAACUGGCAGUUCCCAGCUCAAAAGGAGAUGCUACACGUUGUUGUGAAGCAACUGCAUGAUAUGCAUGAAAAUUAUAACAAAUUAAAAGAAGAUUUUAUCUAUAACCUCAGAAUUUUGGAAGAAAGAGAUAAAGAGUUGGAAUCCUAUGAUGUCACAUUCAGUCAUCUGAAAACAUCUGAAAAAGCGAAGCAGGCAGAGAUUAGCAACCUUAAAAUACAGCUGGACAAACUGGAGCAACUUCUUGUCAAGGAAAGAAGAAAAAGAGCUGAACUUCAUUAUCGCUAUCAACAAAACCUUGAAGAACAUCAGUUAGAGCUGGAACAGUUUUGCAGGUCGAAGAAUGACCACACAAACCAUCAACACGAGCAGUGUGUGAGCCUGAGACGUCAUGUGGAGAGAAAACUCCAAGGACUGCAAGGAGAGCUCCCUGGUCAGAAACAGGUGAAACUGCUGACCAGAGAACUGGAGGCCCUCAGAGAGACUGGAAUGAAAGCAUCAGAAUCACCACAAGCAGCAGAAUUGGUUAAUUUGCAACUGGAGAAAGAGGACAAGUACAAGAAUUGGGAAUUAAAUGAUGCUGUAGCUGUGAGAAAUGCCUGGGAGGAGGGGCCAUCUCAUGUUGAUAAGGAAAAGGAUACAGUGUCGGCUUCAUUGGAAGAAGCUCCAAUCAAACAGUUUAAAAAGCUGAAGAAACAGAUUAGAGAACUACAGAUGAGACAGAAAAGUCUGGAAGCGAAGCUGCGCAGGAAAGCAGGGAAUCACAGUGCUCGUGUAAGAGAGAAAGAUGCCCUCAUUAAGAAGUAUAAGCAACAACUGUCAGUGGCAGCUGAGCAAGAACAGCUUCUGGAACAGAGUAAAACCCACGCAGAACUGGACUGGCAGCCCUGUGGGAAUGCUGAAAAUCACGAGUAUCAGAAAUUGGAGGAUCUGACACCAAGUGUGUCCUUAGCUCGAGAGCAGGCUGAAGCAGAUCUACAGAAGACUGACUACAGUUUGCAUGAAGUGGAGUCUGUCCCUUCUACUUUCUCUGAUAAGAGACAACAGUUAUUACAGUCACCGCUCUCUAAUCGUGGUGUUCUUCCUGAAGGAGAGAAGCAGGCAUUUCAAUCUGAUGAUAAAAGCUAUCUCAGGAAGGAUAUUCCUGGCUCAGAAAUACAAAAGCUGCAGGAGCAGAAUGCCAACCUUCGGGCUGUUAUUGCACAGAUGAGGAAAGAAAUGGAGAGCCUCGAUGAGCAAACGCCAUCCUCAGUGCCUCAGAGAGAGCAAAGUGCCCCUGGCCACACUGCAGGCAUCUCAGCGCUCACUGCUGCUGUCCUGAUGGGAAGGGCUGAAGGUGCACUUUGCACAGACCAAGUUUCAGGGAGAACCACAUCGAGCAAUAUGGAUGUCAGCUCAGCUAGCUCGGGUUGUAUAGUAAACCCGGGCACAGGAAAGGGGUCGAAUAACAGAGUUAUGGACAAAGAGAUUCAGCAUGGUGUCAGCUGCACGCCACAAGGAACACCAAAUAAACUGAGGGAUGCAGUGAGAACAACGUCAGUUCUGAGCCAAGAGAAGCAGCAGCUGAUUGAAAUGGGAAACAGGCUCAGAACGGAUCUUGGAAUGAUAUUAAAGGAAGGAUUUUGGCAUCCCAUCAGCCCAAAGCUCUGCACAGUUUGUGUUGGCUCUGGUGGCCUUUCUCCAAGAGAGCUUGUCAAAAGAACACAGUGUCAGCUUUCGGCUUUAAGGCACCUGCAACAGCAGCUCAUAACACAGGAGCUGCAGUAUGCAAAGCAACAGCAUCUCUCCAGGAUCUCUUCUUUAAUUGCCUGCCCCAUCUUAAAGGGAGAAAAAGCUCCAAGCAGCUGUGGAGAAGAAACAGAACCGCUGUCUGCUGAGGUUCAGCUCAGUUCCUCUGCUGCAAAUUAUGGGCCAAAGCAACAAAAGGCAGCUGCUGCAUCCUCAAGGGUUCAAAGUCAGCCACCCAAGGAGAGCUCUGGUCAAGCCCAGCAGGUCUGGAUUUCUUCAUCUGGAGCACACAGUCCGUGCCAAGGUAAUUGGCAAACUUUAGAAAUGGGAUCAAGCUCUUCUCCUCUCUGUCCUCAGAACAACGCUAAGCAAGUGGAGUUUGAAAUCCUGCAUUCAACUGAGCAACCUGGAGAACAUCAGGAACACAGCAACGCCACGGGUCGGCCCGAAAUGCCCACAGCACAUCUGGCAGUCCGAGCACUUCUUUCCCAGUACUGUUCGCAAACAGCCGUGCCCUCUCACACGUGCAGCACAGCAGUAACCGACCUGAGAGCAACCCGAACCAUUACUUUUUUGUCCUUCCUGCUGAACACACUCUGCUUUCGUACCCACGUGCUGCGACAUCACAACCGUAACCCUAACCCUGCAGUUCACGUCACCGAGGUGUUAUGAGGCGCUAUGAGAGCUGAGGAACCUCAUGAGCUUUUUCCUAAACCACCGAAUUGCACGAAAACCCCAUCACUGCACUCCACAUCUGACGCCGUUCACAAGCUGGAACAACACGAUGCAUUCCCCUCAACCAGGCCCUGAAUGAGCUCUUUCUGUAGCUCAAAGCAGAGCAGUUUCUAACAAGGACAAGAAUUUUGGCCCAGAUCACAGCACAGUUGCAGCUCUCUCUGGUUGUUCCUAAAGCACCGUGUGUAAAUCCCAAAGGUUUUAACAGCUGCAGGUUACACUUUAUGAUUUCUUUCCCCCCCCCCCAUGUCAUGUUUUUUGUGCAUGGAGCUGCACAGUGCAAUGGAUGCUGUGCGUCUGCAGCUGGCACUGACAGCAACGUGUUGUUAGAAAGGGAGCAGUUUGUUCCACCACCUUUGCAGGAGAGGAUCUGAGACUGGAAGUCAUGGCUUUCAUUCCCUCCGUGGCGCAGAGGGAAUAAGCUCAUGCACCGCAUGCUUCAGAAGCGCUGCUGUCGUUUUCCCUGUGGGAUUUCUUUGUGUUUGUUUGUUUGGGGGUGUUUGGUUUUGUUUCUUCUUCCCCUGUGUGUCACCUGGCAUGCCUGGUCCUGCACAGCUCUUCCCAGGAAGGCGAAUUUAAUCUACCUGGUUCCCUGAGAAACAGGUUUCCUUGAAGCAUCCGUUGAUACCUCUUGAUGGAAACAAGCUGAUUUCUUGGGGAAAAGAGA